AUGCGGGAGGGACGGGCAAGGACGGGAUCCCCAAAAGUCCAAAAGGUCCCCCCAAAGACCGCCAAAAGCGCAGCGCUGAGCGUCCACGGCCAGCGCGGUGACAGCACAGUGGCAUUCGCCAUCACUCAGCGGACCUACCUCACUGAGGCUAGGCGCGAAGCCAUCGACAGAGAUGCCAGAGUGCCAGAGGCAUCACGCGCACUGGAGCACCAGCGCUAA